CAAAUCUGAUUUCGAAUAUGUAGCAUAUUAUAGCCGCGUGAUCUAAAAUAGUACGUCACGCUUGCAAUGUGUUCUAGUAAAUAAUUGUUUAACGUUCACUUUUGAGAACAGUCCCUCCAAGCAAUUUGAAUUGCUUCCUCAAGAUUUCCUAUGGUCCACGUUUUCUCACAGAAUUCCAAGUUAUUUCGCGGGAAACCAAAAAUUUCCACAGACUGAAAAUUUUCAUACGACAUUAGGGAGAACGCCGAAAUUUCACCUAAAUUCUAAGUCAUGUAUAAUUAAUGUGAUAAAAAUCAACUCAAUCAUUGUCGUUAGACAACUUUGACGCGCACAAGGAACCUCUAUACAUGAAGUAAUGGUUUUAGCACUGAGUGGUAUCAGCUGAUGCAGUAAUGAGUUCUGUGCUGAAGUUUCAGAUUUGUCUUGUUCAUUCGUUUAUGUACUUCAUGAAACGUACCACGACCGACUUCAAGAAAACACUCAAAGUUCUCUCAUUAUGCUCACAAUUUUCACAUGUAGUCAUUCUUCAUUAAUUUUCGAAAACUACCCAUGCAAGUCCUCGAACUUUCCUAACACCUGGCAUUCAAAAAAUUUCACACUUAUCAACUGUUGCUUGUAGUUUAUUGUCGGAAAAACAAUGAACGGAUAUUAUGAACCAAGGAAUCUCAUCGACGUAAUCAAGUAGUCUAGUUCCGAAAUACUCAUCAUAUCUAGCGUUUGGAUUAUGUACCUCUGUAAUCGGAAGGUCAACGUAAUGUUCUUGGGAAUGUGUUUUUUGUUACUCUAAAAUGUAUAUACAAAUGCGUGUAGUAAUAGUACUAUUAGAACGUGACGUGCUAGAACAUUACUCAGAAUUGAAACAAAUAGCACUUCUACUGUAGUUUUCUUUCAAUGCUUCAUAAAAACACAAAACUGACAUAACGGAAAAUUCUCUCCAGUUGCAUUUUAACUGUACUGUUUUUCCUGCUAUGUGCUACUUUCGUCCACUCAUAUCUAUCCAUUUAUAUAUUUUUAAUUACGAUCUUCCUCCUUACUCUUUUUUUCACAAUUUUGUCUCCAUAUUUGUAUGGCUUAAGUGUGCUUCAUUUUUACAGUGUUAUCCAUACUUUUUGUGGCGUGUUCUGUCUUUUGGUGCCAUGUGCCAGAUUUUAUGUGCGUCGUUAAUUAGAAACAAAUUGGAUUGCGAUUAAUUUAGUAAAUAUCCUAUAAAAGUUAAUAAGUUCUUUUUUGUUUUCAUGAAGACAAACGGUGAGCUCUGAAUAUUUAAGUGUUUGUCACUCCAGUGUUUUUCUAGCGGAUCUCCAUGUGCACCAUUUUAAGUCAUAUUAAUACGAAUUAAGGUAUUUGAAUAACUCUCGCUUUAUUAGUGUUUAUUAUUUCAAGAUAACAGCCUUGUGUUUUUUACCUUUGCUCAGCAUCCUCUGGUAAAUCAGCUGUCAAAAUACAUCGGUAGACCGAUUUCUUUUCUACCUAUCUUUAUUUGAAACUCAGGCAACAAUUUAAUUCUCCUCUUCCUUAUGCUUACAUGGGGUGCAAACAGCCAUGGGCAGCUGGGUACAGGAGAUGAUAAAGAUGCUUAUGAACCUAAAAUCAUUAAUUUCACUGAUCCGAUCGCCCUGAUCUCCGGAGGUGGUGGUCACUCUCUGAUUUCUGACGAAAACAAUAUAUUCAGCUGUGGCUUGAAUUCUUUUGGUCAGCUGGGUCGUUCAAAUGACUGCAACCACUUCAAAAUUAUUCCUUACUCUUUUGCAUCAACUGUUAAUAAAGUAUCCUGUGGUUGGGAUUUUUCUGUUGCAGUACUAAGUGAUGGGUCUGUUUUCUCAUGGGGCUCAAAUGAAUAUGGACAGUUGGGCAAAGAAAGUAUUAAUUCAAGCAUAACUCCUGUUCGUGUUGAUAUAGAGCCUGUUCGAUCUAUAUCUGCAGGUCUAAGGCAUGUCGUUUCUGUGACAGUCUCCGGAAAACUGUAUGGUUGGGGUUCUAAUCGCCGAAAACAAUUAUUGUUUGAUAAAAUGAUGAUUAAAGCUGAGCAUUAUGACGAAUCGAAACAAGUAUGUUACCGUCCCACUCUGUUGAACUCUGUAUUUGGCGAUACACAUGAGUGGGUCGAUUGUGCCGCUGGUGCGCAUCAUUCAAUUGCGAAAACAAGAACAAAUAAACUGGCUCUUUUUGGAGAUACUAGAUUUUUUAAACUCAAAUCAGAAGUUCACGGUCUUUCUUCGAAUAUCGAAAGUAGACUUUCAUCUCCUAUUUGGUAUGAUGCCGAAUUAUUCGACAACAAUGAAAUAGAACAAGUGGUGUGUGGAUGGAGUCAUGUUCUCGUUAGAACUAGUGUUGGAGAAGUUUAUUCGUGGGGUCGAUCAGACUUUGGACAGCUUGGACGAACUGUUAACGUAUUAAGCAAGUUUAUAGGAAAAUCUAAUGAAAUUUUCCCGAACUUCGAUGUACAUCCUGGAAAAGUACAUUUUCAUUUGAAUACUGGUCAUGAAGUGACUAUAAAAUCUGUUGCUUGUGGUUCAGAGCACUCAAUGGCUAUAGAUUCAAAUGAACAGUUAUGGGUUUGGGGGUGGAAUGAGCAUGGUAUGUGCGCUGUUACAACGAAAAUUGCAAGUCACAUAGAAAAACAUUGGACUGAAGAAGAAGUUAUUCCCUACAUCACACAACCAUAUCGAAUAAAUUUCCGAUGUUUUAAUCAAAAUUACAAAGUGAAACAUAUCGGUUGUGGAUACGGUCAUUCAAUGGCGUAUGUAGAAUUUGGUUCGUAA